AUGGAGGACACUAACAGAGAUAAGUCACCGCUUAAGGCGGUCCGCUGGGACGAGUCAUCGCAUUCAGGCUCCAGUACUCAGGUCGGAGUUCAGGUGAAACCGCGUAAGGGAAGGAAAAAGUCAUCUGCCGGUACUAGUCUUACGAAUUUUGAGUUACCAGUAACCAGCUGUGGCGAAUCAGCUGUUGACCUCGCUGAUGCGUUCGCAAUUCAUCCGCCUCCCGCGUUUCCACCGCAACAGCAGCAACAGGCAGAACAGCAGCAGGUUCAGUCUAGGGAAACCGGACGGUACACGCGUAGCGAGGCACCUUCGGGUGACCCGGAGAAGCAGGGCACGAAAACGACUCGUUCUCGACCUAAUAGCGGGGAAUUCGCGGUUGUAAAUACGUCCGUGGAAGGGCAGGCGGAGGACUCGGGGCGAACUGGCGGCAGCGGCGCAGGCAAAGGCGGGAAAAAGGGGCGGAAGAAGAGCCAGAGCGCCGCGUCGCUUCAGCCUUACGAGGCAGCACAGCCAGAUGGUUACAUGCAGCCAGGUGGUUACUCGCAACUUCAGGGGGGUUACCCGCAGAACGGUUACAACGCACAGCAGCCGCAGCCGCCGGUGACGCAGACCCAGGAGUGGCAAGACGAGUUGACGCUUUUAGCGGACGGAGACGAAAUUGACGAGCCUCGUUACCAGCCGUCCGCUGACUUCCCGCGUUCGCGAUCCGUUUCUGCCGGUACGCAUGCUUCUAAGCCCCUAAAGAAUGGGGUAUUCCUUCACGCACGGCAACAGACGGCGUUGGCGGAGAGCAUAGCGAAUCCCUAUGAUGCGGAGGCGGGAACAAACGAAAAGGGGUUCCAAACAGAGAGGGUUUCAAGUCAGGCGCCGCCAGCGGAGGUCAUGCUUCCGCGGAGCAAGUCGGAAGCGGGCAGGGGCGGGGUUGCGCUUAGGAGGGCGCGCGCCCGCGCGGGAGCAGUCACGAUUGGAUCGGUGGGUUCUGAGGCGGAACUCGCGCAAGAGGUCGUGCGGCGGGCGGCGCAGGGGGAACCGUCGGGAGAGGAGGGGAAUGCGCAGACGGGCGUGGUCGCACAGAAGGCGCGUGCGACGGGUGCGAAGGAGCGGAGGCGACGGGCGAGCGACGACAGCACCAGCAGCACGAGUGGCAGCAGGGGUAGUAGCGGAAGUUCGGUGGGGGGUAUGGGUAUGAUACUCUCCGACCCGCAGCAGCAGCAGCAGCAGCAGGAGCAGCAGGAGCAGCAGCCGCAGGAGCAGCAGCAGCAGCAGCAGACGAAGCAGACGAAGCAGCAGAAGCAGCACAGGAGAAGAAAGUCAGGGGGAGAUGUGACCGCUGUUGCUGCUGCAGCUGCCGCCGCUGCUGGUGCCGCACAGGCCGGGUCGUCUGCAGGAGGGGUGGGCAUUGCGGGUGGGGGCUAUGGAGGCCAUUCGGGUUUCAGGCAUUCAGAAGGCAAUGGUGCCGGGGGGAGUGUUGGGGGCUUUUCAGGUGGAGGCUUUCCUGGCGGAGGUCUGCAAGGAGGCAACGGUUUGGGGGGGGCUGGUGUCGAAGGGGGGCCUGCAGCACUGUAUGCGUCCCUGCUGGCUGCUCACCCGCCCCUGAUCUCCAAAUCCGGCAGACAGGUCGUUCGGUGCCAGUUGUGCGCCCAAAUGUUGGCAGUGCCGGCACGCCUCCAGCCGUCUCACAAGGGCAGGCAGAGGCUGCGGUGCGGCAAGUGCAUGCACGUGUCUAAGUAUGCUGUCACUCUGCUGCCUCCCAACACGCCCGGCCUGCCGCUGCUCAUCCCUGUUGAGAGCGCACAAGAGGAGGGUGAUACGCAGGCCCAGGACACGCAGCAGCAGCAGCAGCAGCAGCAGCAGCAGCAGCAGCAGCAGCAGCAGCAGCAGCAGCAGCAGCAGCAGCAGCAGCAGCAGCAGCAGCAGCAGCAGCAGCAGCAGCAGCAGCAGCAGCAGCUGCUGCAGGGGUUGGCAGCUCAGCAAUUCCUGCCUCGCAGAGCAUCACAGGGAGCACCAGGCGAAGCUCAGCCUUCAGCCAAGCACGUCCGCAAGUCCAGUGGCGGUUCUGACUCCAGUGCCACGGGCGUUUCGCCUGCUCUCAGAAUGACAAGUACUGGAGCUGCAGGAGCAGGAGGAGCGGUGGCAGCAGCAGCAGAUGAGAAUGGGGAGGAGGUGGUGCCAAGAACAGCAUCGGGGAAGCGGUUUCAGCGGCAGGCAUGGGACAUGCUGGCAACAAGGCGUGUCACGGUAGGUCCAGGAGGCAAGCUGUCCACCGUUCCAUCCUUUCGUGCUGCUCCUCAGUCACAGGGAGGGGCAUCAGGAGGCGGGGCGCCAGGAGAUGGUGUAGGUGAAGGGGGAGGGGAGGUGGAGCUGCGGCGAACAGCAACGGAGAGGAAGGGGCCGAGUGCGAAGGGCGUGGGAGGGGGAGCAGCGGUGCUGAUGCCACGGAGCAGGACGAUGAGUGUGGGUGGGGAUGCGCAGUACCGGCGAAAGGUGGUUGUGAAUGCGGUGCCUGUGCCGGACCAGAGGGUGCUUGUUGCAGAACAGAGGAUUGGGAAGAUCGAGCCUGGGAACUACUGGUAUGACUGCAGAGCUGGAUUCUGGGGACCUGUUGGGAGUGCGUCCUUGGGCGUCAUUCCAGCUUUCAUGCGUGAGCUAGGCAAUGCCCCCAUGCUCAUGGAUUGUUCGGGCGGUAAGAGCAAGAUUCUUGUAAAUGGACGAGAGCUGCAUCGAAAGGAUGUCAAGUUGCUGGCAGAGAAGGGGUUUCCUGAGACGUUGGGGGGCCGAUACACGCUGGAUGCGGAUGGCACUCUUGUCAACGAGUUUGGACGAGUGGCAGCUAACCUUGGUAACCUGUUGGAGGAUGACAAGAAGGAUGGCUUAUUUAUGAAAGCUGGGUCAGAGAUCAAGGGCCAGCGGGGUUCCAUGCACGUGGAUCCCAACACCAGCCUAGCGGCCCAGCGCGUGCUAGCGGCGCACAAGGCCAAGCACCUGCACGUGGAGGUCGAUUCUCCAUCAGGCGUUCCCCCGCACGGGGGGAACUCGGGCGGGGCAGUCGCGGCAGGAGAGGGUCCGGAGUUCCGCGAGGCGGCGCAACAGCAGCAGCAGCUCGCGCCAAUUCAGGCGCAGGCGGCUCCAGGCGAGGGGGCUGCCGUUCCGCAGCCGCUACUGUCAAAGUCAGGCCGGCCUGUUGUACGGUGCCAGUGGUGCUCCCAGAUGCUCGCCGUCCCGCCAAAACUGGAGCCGAGAGACGGAGUUCAGAAGCUGCGCUGCGGAAAGUGCCUCAAGAUCUCCAAAUUCUCCGUCUUCAUCCCUCCCGCCGGCGGCGUUCCCGUGCUCAUGCCCCUUUCCGCCUCCGGCCCUCUCCCCGGUCCGCCCUCUGUAGCUGGGCUGGUGCAGCAGAUGGGCGGGUUGAGCAUGGGUGAGUCGAUCAGUCAGCAGCCGUACGGCAUGGCCCCUCAGAUGCCACAGGGGAUGGGCCCGCAGGGAGGGAUGCAGCAGGGCAUGGGGCAACAGGGCAUGGGGCAACAGGGCAUGGGGCAGCAAGGCAUGGGGCAAGGCAUGGGGCAGCAAGGCAUGGGGCAGCAGGGAAUGGGGCAGGUGUACCAGCAGCAAGCUCAUGCACCUGCGCAUAUGCACCCUCCACAACAACAACAACAACAACAGGCGGCAUCUCAGUUUCAGCAACAGAUGGUUGCGGGAGCACAGCAGAAGUAUGCCAAUUUCGCACAGCCAGGCAUGGCUGGGCCUGGAGGCAUAGGGGGGCACCUGGAGAGCGAGGAGGGCUUGCCAAGGCAAGGGUCAGGGAAACGGUUCCCCAAGCAGCCGCCACAGCCCCCCAUGGACCCACAAGCUGCCACCAGGCGGUACCUCACAGGCCCAGGGAAGUCCCUAGCGGCUUCUAUCGGCUUUAGAAGCGGGUCUCUCAACGAGCACCAGAUGCAGCAGCAGCAGCAGCACGGGGGUGCGGGGAUGGGGCCUCCUGCAGACCUGCCCUUCAGGCGCACUGCCACGGAGUACAGUGGGCCGCCCGGGCGGGCAGAUGCGAUGACGGUGGCACCUAGAAGCUCCACGCUGGGCGGCGAGGGGCAGUACCGGCGCAAGGUGUAUGUGAACGGACAGCCUGUGCCAGACAAGCUUGUGUUCCUGGCUGAGAGGCGGAUUGGCACGAUUGAGCCAGGCAGCUACUGGUACGACUGCCGAGCUGGAUUUUGGGGCCCUGUGGGAGGGCCAGCUUUUGGAGUCACUCCGGCGUUUAUGAGAGAGUUCGGCAUGCAGCCAAUGCAGAGUGAUUGUUCUGGAGGCAAGACUAAGGUGUUUGUGAAUGGGAGAGAGCUGCACAAGAAGGACCUUGCUACUCUGAUGAAGAGGGGAUUUCCGGACACUCCUGGUGCUCGGUACACUCUGGAUGCGGAUGGCACAGUCUGCAACGAGGCAGGCCGACACCUCUUUGCCAUGGGAAAACUGAUGGUGGACAAGAAGAAGGGUAUCUCAGUCAUGGCGACCAGAUUAGCUUCUCUUGCUCUACGUGCAAGAAAGCAGGACUGGCUUAGACCUGGGACGUCCAGAUAUGCUUGGCUUCUAGAGAGACAGUUAACCACGGCUUCCAUAGGGGACAAACAAGACGAAAUCACAAGGAUCCCUCCUAGUAGUGCUUUACAGGAACCGGCUAGUCCUAAGCCGCCUGCUGGAUCAAGACCGAAGCUUCGGGCUUUGAUGCCAAAAGCAGACGGUAGCCUACCAGAGGCCGUCAAAGUCGCUGCUAAGGCCUGCGGAGUGCAAAACCCGGCGGUGAAACGAGUAGCAGAGGGCGUGACGUCUACCACACCCACCAGAGUUUUUGAAGUACCUGAGUUGAUCGAAAAUGACAAAGUGCUACCAGACAUGUCCCCAGGAGUGGUGCCUAAGGGUUACAUUGAUCCGGUUAUCCCUGAAGUGUGGGGUCGGGUCCAUUCCAUCGAGUCGUUUUCAGCAGUGGACGGGCCCGCCAUUAGAUCCGUAGUCUUCGUGCAGGGAUGUCUAAGGCGCUGUGUUUUCUGUGCCAACCCAGACACAUGGAGUGUGACAGCCAAGUCCCAACGGCUAUCAUCCAAAGACAUUGCUGCACGGUUGAAGAAAAAUUUGGCGUACUAUAAGGGCGGUGGUGGGGUGACUAUAUCAGGAGGGGAGCCAAUGAUGCAGCCUCACUUUUGCAGUGCUGUUUUCAAGGAGGCUCACCGAUUGGGAAUCACAACAGCACUUGACACAGCAGGAUACGGCAGAGCCAAAGACUGGGCUGAAGUUCUUCCACACACUGACACUGUUCUCCUGUGCACGAAAGCAAUGAACCCGAAGCUUUACUUUGACAUGGUACAAGUAAAGCAGCAGCUGUUCCUGGACUUUGCAAAAGCAGUGGGAGAUUAUGGCGUUCCUAUGGUCAUACGCUUUGCUAGGGGUCAACAAGUGGGAAGCAUUAGGGCUGAAGUAUCCUUUGGAUGGCAUGUGUCUGUCCCCUCGCCCGACAAUGCCGUCACGCGCAAUUUUGAAAUUGUUCGCGUGACGGAAGAUCCACAACUCUGGGCAGCAGCGGCGCUUCGAGCAGAUGCCUUAUGUGAAACGGAACCGCAUGUGAGGUUUGUGGACAGCUUCAAAAAAAGAUUCACUGAACAGGAAUUCCACUCGAUGAAACGGCGCAUAAACUCGACCACAGGUCAAUCAAUCCGCUGCGUCUGCCUUGCUGCUAUGCAAGCCCAACCAGGCGACAUCAACAAGCAGCCGUUCACCACUCACACGAAUGGCGCCUUAAUAAAGCUUGCUGAAUUAGCACAACCAGACAAAGUUGCUGCUCUGGAGCACAGGUUGGAGGACGCAGGAGCGGAGGGGGAUACUGUCAGUGUGCCAAAUGGAAGGCAGAGAGCAGGUGUAGCAGCCGGAAAGGCAGCAGGAGGGGUUGCAGCCAAUGGGGUUGAAGCGAGGCUAACAGAGUUGGAGAGAGUUGUGGGUACCCUUGACAUCAGCCUACGACGAUUGGGGUCUGAUGAGAUUUUUCCAGGGGUUGAGCGCCCUCGUGAGUCCUCCGGCUUCUUGGUAUCCCUGCCUUCCUCCGCCCUCACUGCUCUCUCCACCACGGCCAGCGGCCUGCAAGCUGCUGUGAGCGACAUCCAGUCUGCUGUCAUUGACAUUGGAUCCGCUGUGAACGGCAUUCAGUCUGCUGUGAAUGACAUUGGGUCGGCUGCAAACAGCAUCCAGUCGGCUGUGAAUGGUAUUGGGUCGGCUGCAAACAGCAUCAGCAUCCAGUCGGCUGUGAACGGUAUCGGGUCGGCUGUGAAUGGUAUCGGGUCAGCUGUGAAUGGCAUCCAAGCUGAAAUUCGCCGGUACCCUUCCAGCCUGCCAGCCUCUGCCUCCUCUCUCCUCAACAACGCCAUCUCUGACCUGCAGGAUGCAUGGCAGGCAGUGGUGCAGGAGAGUGAGGAGAGAGCUCGUCAGCUGACUGGCUUAGUGGUAGCUGAAGCCAUGCCUCCGCAACAAAAUGUGACGAGUCGGUCACAGCAGGCAGUCCAGCAGAAGCAGCCAAGUGCAGCAACGGAGCAGCAAUCACAAGAGCAGAAACAAGAAGCUUCAAUUGCAGGACAGCAACUACAGAAGCAGACAGAGCAGCAACAUCAUGAAUCUUUAGGGCAAGUGGCGUUGGAACGGCCAUACUAUGCGUACAUAUCAAAUGUGUGUGUAUCAAACAAAUUCAGGCGACAAGGGAUUGCUGCAGCUCUCAUGCGUGCUGCAGCUGACAUUGCAGCAGAAUGGGGUGCUGAAGAGGUAUACGUUCAUGUGCAUGCAUCGAACACAGCAGCACAUCAUCUCUACCACCAACUGGGCUAUCAACUUCUCGAGACCCCAGCAGCGCCCAGUGCCCACAUCUUCCCAGUAUGGAAGCCAUCCGGAAAUCAUGUUUCGCUUGAUGAUACUCUGCUGCUGCGGCUAGCACUCAGCGACGAUGCACAGUUGCGAAGAUAA